AUGGGAAAGGAAGAAGAAGGAAGGACAGUCUCCCCCGGGCCAGACGAGGGAUUUUAUAACCUUCGGCGGGGAAUCUUCUGUCCGGCGGAUGCUCCCAUCCUGGCGGAGGCGAGUGUGAUGGCAAGGAUUGCGAAGGCCUCGAAGGAGCCAUUGGACCACUCGGGGCACAUUGACUCGCACCCCUCCCUCUGUACCCCCAAUCCCCGAGCUCCGUCUGCACAGUGGAAAAAAGUCUCAAUGUGUCUGGUCGAGGACGCCAGCCUUCCUCCACUAGGGUUUCCGCCAUUCCGUGGCGGCGUGUUGCAAAUCCGGUCUCGAUCUACGCCCCUCUUCCUGGUCUAA